CCUCAGCCAGCUGGUGCAGAGCGGGGGCGCCUGCGGCAGCGGGGGGCCCCCCCCACCGCUCCCGUCUACCCACAGAUCAUCAACACCUUCCACAUAGCCUCAUCCUUCGGGAAGUGGUUUGAGGGCUCAGACCAGGCCUUCCCGAAUACCUCAGCCCUGGCGGGCAUCAGCCCCGUCCUGCACAGCUUCCGCGUCUUCGAUGUGCGACACAAAAGCAACAAGGAUUACCUGAACAGCGACGGUUCUGCCAAAAGCUCCUGCGUAUCCAAAGAUGUUCCCAACAAUGUGGACCUGUCCAAAUUCGAUGGCUUUGUGCUCUACGGGAAGAGGAAGCCCAUCCUGAUGUGUUUCUUGUGCAAGCUCUCCUUUGGGUAUGUCCGCUCGUUCGUGACCCACGCGGUGCACGACCACCGAAUGACUCUGAGUGAGGAGGAGCGGAAAAUUCUUAGCAAUAAGAACAUCUCCGCUAUCAUCCAAGGGAUAGGCAAAGACAAGGAACCCCUUACCCUGUCGCGGGGCACAGCUUCUACUAGUUCUAAUUCUGCUUCUUCCUUUGUCUUUGAUGGUGCAAACAGGAGGAAUCACUUAAGCUUUAACAAUGAGGGCAGCGGAGCCAGCGUGGCAGAGGGCAGCAGGAGGCUGGACUUUAUCGAUGAAAGUGCCAAUAAAGACAAUGCCACAGCACCAGAACCAAAUGAGAGCACGGAGGGCGAGGACGGGAGCUACGUCUACCAUCACCAGCAUGCUGGCCCCCUCUGUGAACUUGGGGGUGGGGAGUGCCCCUCGGGGAGCGGCGUGGAGUGCCCAAAGUGCGACACGGUCCUGGGCUCCUCGCGGUCGCUGGGUGGCCACAUGACUAUGAUGCAUUCUCGCAACUCAUGUAAGACACUCAAGUGUCCCAAGUGCAAUUGGCACUACAAGUACCAGCAGACACUUGAGGCACACAUGAAGGAGAAACAUCCCGAGCCAGGUGGCUCCUGUGUCUACUGCAAAAGUGGACAGCCACACCCACGGCUGGCACGGGGUGAGAGCUACACCUGUGGUUACAAGCCGUUCCGCUGCGAGGUCUGUAACUACUCCACUACUACCAAAGGCAACCUCAGUAUUCAUAUGCAGUCCGACAAGCAUCUCAACAACAUGCAAAACCUGCAGAACGGAGGGGGAGAGCAAGUCUUCAGUCACACCGCUGGGGCGGCGGCAGCGGCUGGGGGCGCGCCCCCGGGGGGAAGCAGCCAACAUUGGUAG